AUGCCAAACUUGGUUGAAUUGUUUCGAACGGAUUUUGCCCAAAUAGGGACCACGAAUCGAUCAUGCAUGUGUGUUGUGCCAUCAGUUCCAUUGAAUCAGAGAGGUAAAACAACUGAUCGAAUUGUUGUUGGAAGUCAGAAUGGAUGUGUGAUAUGCGUUGUUCGACGACAAAACGAUACUCAGAUAAUUUACAAAACAUUGCCAGGACCAGCAAUCACAGGUCUACGUUUGGGUGGCUCGAUAGGCACACUAGCAAAUAAAGUUUUUGUGUCUUCUGAUACGAACGUACGUGGAUUGGGCAAGAAAGGAAAACAAUUUUUUUCGUUUGACACGAAUAUGGCUGAACCCAUAAAAAGCAUGUUUAUUUAUGGAGUUGACUUAGUGUUGACAGGAACAAAGAGCUUCAACCAUUAUCAUGACUGUUCAGAUACUAACUAUUAUUUGUCAUCGGAAGAAAUAAACGAUGUUGUCUGCUUGAUCGAUAAAUCAGGUGGUGCAUGGGCUGAUCGCCCAUUCACUUCCGUAUUAGCCUGUAGAGAUUCAACAUUGAAGGUAUUGGAAGGUUCUCAGCUCGUUUACGAGUUGCAGCUAUCCGAUGUUCCCACUAUUGUUCAUCUGUUUAUGGAAGAUGGAGGAUUUUCAAGUCAAAAGGUAUUUUACGGAACUCGCGGUGGAAACAUCGGAUUAGUUGACUUGCCAUCAGGAGGAGGAAGCAUUGUUUGGCAAUUAACGACGACAACAGCAUCAGCAAUAACAACUGUAACAUUCUAUCCAUUCAUAUCGUCCGAACGUCGAGAUCUAAUUAUUGGAAAAGAUGAUGGAGUCGUAGAAGUUUAUACAAUUGACGAGGAAGAUUCAGCCACCCUCGCUAGUGUUUAUAGCUCGGAUGAGACCAUAACGGGUUUGAUGUGUGGACGUAUCAGUGAUGAGGGCAAAGAUGAAAUAAUCAUUUGCACCUAUACAGGAUGGCUUUUCUCGCUCAGCACAACUCAGCUUACGCAGGAGAAGACACCUUCGUCAUCGACUAUGAAUGUGAAAGUCAAAGUAGAUCAAUUACGCUCGGAAGUUCAUGAUUUGGAGAUGAAAGUAAUGGAAGAAAGAGCCAAGUACUCGGAAAUCACGCAAAAGGAUGGCACUAGCGCAUACUUCCCAGCAUUUCAGGUGCAUGAUUCAUUUGAGUUCAAUGCUACCUUUGGGGCCUAUUCAAUGGUUAUUGAACUUGUACUGCCUAUCGACUACAUAAUUGUCCAGAGCUCUUUAAUGGUCAAGCUAAUAGAAGUUGAGAAGAAUGCUUCCGUCGUAUGUAUGCUACCACAGUCGGAACAUAAUCCCUGGCCUUUAUUAGCUUCUUACCGUUGCCAAGCAAAGACUUCGAGAAUUGAACUUCGUGUCAAAGUAGAGGAAGGGUUGUUCGGGAAGAUUGUUGUUUAUGUUUGUCCGAACAUCCAUCCGAAAGCUGCUCAGGUUCGUAUCUUCGAAGUCAAACCCCUAUCAGCUCAUGUUCGAGUACACCAAAUUGACAAUGGCCGUCCCAUGAAUGUGCUGUCUAUUUCAGGUAAUUUCACAUUAGCUGAAGCACAUGCAUGGCUGGUAAUGCUCAUCCCGGAAAUACCGUUGAAGGCUCCUCCAACCGAUAGUGUAACGUUGAAUUUACAAAACUGUGUAAAUGGAGGAACUCAACUCCAAGCUGUUUAUUCACGAGGAUCUGUCGUGUUUCGUUCUGAUAGCAUAUCGACGAUUGCCAUAAUACGAGAUCGUAUCAGUGCAGAGACAACGAAAAGUCAAAUUCGUGUCCAAAUUCAAUGUGAUUUGAAUGAGGAUUCCGUCAGUCAUUGCCUUCGCCUUUUACAUCCGCAACUAACUCGUCUGUUGGAAACGGAAAAAUGCAAAAUGCUUGCAACAGCAUUACGUGAAUUAGAAGUCAGUUGUUCGGACAUAUCCUUCUUGAGUGACGAUAACAAAGCAAUUCUUAAAAGUCAUGACGAGGUGUAUGCGGAAGCUGAAAAGAAUCCCAUUGAGACCAGCAACAUAUUCUCUAUUUAUCAAAAUUUGCUUGUCGACAGAGCACGUCUCAAUGGAAAAAACGUGAAAAAUCACAUCGGCCCACUACAUGAGUUGCUGAGGAACAACUAUAGUCUCGACAGCUGUAUAGCAUUCUUCAAAUCCGUCUCCGAAGAUAAUAAUAUUAAGCGAUUAUGA